AUGUAGGUUACUUCGUAAAUGCUAGUGAAGGUGUUAAGGUUGGCGUUAGGGCAGACAUUAGGGUAGAUGUACAUGUGCAUUUUGAGAUUCCCAAACAUCAGAUAAAAACGAAAGAUUUUACCAAGACAUUUGAUACUAGUUUGGGACCAUGGAUAACUGAUACCGAAAUGGAAUUGGCGAUGAAAUGUAUAGGUGUAAGACCUGUAGCUGAUGGAAAUAAAGUUUUGAACAGUCUUUAA